AUAGAUACUUUAUCAGUACAUUACAUAAAUAAAUACAGAUACAGUGACAACAACAAGAAAGAAAGAGAUGAAUGCAAAUUAGUGGUACUAAGGUAACGCUAUGAAGUUGCGUUUCAACUACUCUUUAUAUUCUUUACCUUUAUUCUUCUUCUAAUGUCUCCAAAAACCUCAUAAGUCAUUCCCUUACCUAUCUAUCAAUCCUCUUUUCCUAUUCUUUGUUUCGUCCUUUCUCUGUUUCUUUCUUUUCUUCUCCAUCCUCAUCAAUGUCCUAAUCAUUAUUCUCACAAAUCACUACAUACCAAUGAAAUGAACCCCAAUAACACCAUUUCCAUAGUACACCAUGGCCUCAUAACUAACCACUACUACUACACUUUACAAACUCAAAUACCCCAAAACAAAUAGACAAGAAACUUUGAAGAUUUUAUUCUUUUUUGAGAUUUUACUAAACUUAUGGCAUCCAUUGCUACUUUCUUCAACAAGUUUCACUAUCUUUUCAUCCUCAUUGUCCACCUUGGCUGCUUCUUCACAACCACCGCUACCUCCGCCGCCGGAAAACAAGACAGCCAUCAUUUGUUAUCAUCAAAGAAACGAAAAAUCUCACCUUUAUCUCAACCCUCUUCACCUUCGCACCCUAAAUUCAAAACCAACAAAGCCCUUUCUUCUUCUUGGCAUUUCAUCAAACACCUUUUCUCCACCAAGUCCUGCAAAACAGCCACAGCCACAAGCACCACCAAUUCAUCACCUCAAUCCACCUCCACCGUAACUGCUGCCGCCACGUUAACCACCGCAAGAUCCUCCCAACAAUCUCUCAUUUCAUCGGUUCAACCCGACUCAAAUUUCCAAGAUUCUCCACGCAAGAAACAACCCGAAUCCGACAUCUCCGCCGACAACAAUCUCUUCUUCCCCCUCCGCAAUGACAUCUUCCCUUGCACCGCGUGCGGUGAGAUUUUCCAGAAACCAAACCUCCUCGAACAGCACCAAUCAACAAACCAUGCCGUAUCGGAACUCACCGGAUCCGACCCGGGUCACAACAUCGUUCAAAUCAUAUUUAAAUCGGGUUGGCCCGAAACCCGAGAGUUUCCAACUAUUCACCGAAUCCUAAAGAUCCACAACAGCCAGAAGAUCCUCUCAAAGUUCGAGGAGUAUCGCGAAACAGUGAAAUCCAAAGCAGCGCGUCACACGCGCCGCCGCGACGAACGGUGCAUCGCCGACGGCAACGAACUAAUGCGUUUUCACUGCUCCACUUUUUUAUGCGAGUUAGGACUUAACGGGGAUUCUUCAAUUUGUUCUCAGCAAUUUUGUAAUAUUUGCGGAGUUAUUAAAUCAGGAUUUUCACCGAAAUUAGAUGGAAUUUCCACGCUGUCAACAAGCUGGAGGGGACACGUGUCAAUUCCUGAUGAGAUCGAGCGUGAAUUUCGGUUCAUGAACGUGAAACGGGCUAUGCUUGUUUGUCGAGUUAUUGCGGGUCGGGUUGGAUCCGAUUCGGAUGAUGGCGAGUUGGAUAAAUCGGAUGGGGGUUUUGAUUCGGUGAUGGCGCGGGGAGAGAAUGGUGUUUACACCCGACUUGAUGAAGAAGAGUUAUUGGUUUUUAAUCCAAGGGCUGUGCUUCCUUGCUUUGUUAUUGUGUAUAGUGUAUGAUGUGUGAUUUGUCAUGAUAUCAACAAUGAACAAUGAUGAUUAUGACCAUGUGAGGUUGUGGGCUUGAUCGAACGCUCAUGUGAUGAUGGGUUGUAAUUUUAAUUUGGUUAAGUAUUUUUUUUUUAGUUAAGGAAUGCCUUUUUUGACAUAAUCUAUGUUAUUAGAUCAUUGUGGACAAAAGUUAUUAUGCACUAAAUUGACACACAUUAUGGUAUAGCUUUUUUGUGUGUGUUUAUGGGUUUAUGGUGAGUUUCUUGAUUGUGUGUAAUUAAGGUUAAGUUUUGCUUAGAUUAUGGUUUGUUUAUUUUUAUUUAUUUAUAUAUUGUGUUUAAGUAGUAGUUACUUAACAAUGUGAUUGUGUUUCUUA